AUGACAGAUACCAUCAACAUGACAGACCCCAUCAACAAGACAGACACCAUCAACAAGACAGACACCAUCAACAUGACAGACACCAUCAACAUGACAGACCCCAUCAACAAGACAGACACCAUCAACAUGACAGACACCAUCAACAAGACAGAUACCAUCAACAUGACAGACAUCAUCAACAAGACAGAUACCAUCAACAUGACAGAUACCAUCAACAAGACAAACACUAUCAAUAAGACAGACACCAUCAACAAGACAGACACCAUCAACAUGGCAGACACCAUCAACAAGACAGAUACCAUCAACAUGACAGACAUCAUCAACAAGACAGACACCAUCAACAUGACAGAUACCAUCAACAUGACAGAUACCAUCAACAUGACAGAUACCAUCAACAUGACAGAUACCAUCAACAUGACAGAUACCAUCAACAUGACAGACCCCAUCAACAAGACAGACCCCAUCAACAAGACAGACACCAUCAACAAGACAGACACCAUCAAUAAGACAGACACCAUCAACAAGACAGACACCAUCAACAUGACAGACCCAUCAACAAGACAGACACCAUCAACAAGACAGACACCAUCAACAUGA